ACUUCAGAUACUCUCCCUUGAUGACUCUAGAUCCUGGUCCUGUCACGGUCCUCGCUUCCCAUCUUUGCGUCUUUUCGCAAUCAGACCUAGCAUAUGCCGUUUGUCUCGACCCGAAAAUCAAGACCUGGCUGUCAGUCGCCUGUUCCGGUCCAAGAAGGAUCGUGGAUACAGCUCUACGAUCCUGGUCAAGGACUGCCUACCCGACGAUGCCGAGAAACGAGAACUCCACUAUUGCUCUAGUCGUUACCUGAGAGACUUCGACCGCCAGAACCUUCCACAUCCUUCAUCGGCCACGAGGAUGUACCUCUCG